CCUUUUGCCCAGUGUCUGCAAAUCCAACAUCCAGCACUGACUUAGUGCAUGAGAGUGAAAAUGAGUUUGGAGCCUGGCUGUAGGCCACAGGGAAACUAUGCUGGUUUUACUGCCCAAACUGAGGGAGAUGCAGAAAAAGAAACAAGCAGCUAAUCGUAUUUGGAACAUUUUUCAUGGUUUUAGGACUUAUUUGUGAAGUUGAGCCCUUGCUUUAUAAAGGCACUGUGACUGAUGAGAAUUAAAGGCCAUGGAUGAAGAUGGACUUGAACUGCAGCCACAUGAGCCAAAUGCGUUUUUUGACCCAACAGGAUCAGAUGCAGCACAUAUGGAUGGAGAUCAGAUUGUUGUGGAAGUGCAAGAAACAGUAUUUGUUUCAGAUGUGGUGGACUCAGACAUAACUGUGCAUAACUUUGUUCCUGAUGAUCCAGAUUCUGUAGUCAUCCAAGAUGUCAUUGAGGAUGUUGUUAUUGAGGAUGUUCAGUGCUCAGAUAUCAUGGAAGAGGCAGAUGUGUCUGAAACUGUCAUUAUUCCUGAACAAGUACUGGGCACAGAGGUAGCUGAUGAGGUUUCUUUAUCACACUGCACUGUUCCAGAUGAUGUUUUAGCUUCUGACAUAACAGCAGCAGCAUUGUCUAUACCAGAACAUGUACUGGCAAGUGAAUCAAUGCAUGUACCUGAAGUUGGGCAUGUGGAACACGUGGUUCAUGAUAAUGUUGUAGAAGCAGAAAUUGUCACCGAUAGUCUGGGAGAAGAUGUAGUUUCUGAAGAAGUGUUGGUAGCAGACUGUGCCUCAGAAGCAGUGAUCGAUGCCAAUGGAAUCCCCGUGCAGCACCAAGAUAAGGGCAACUGUGAAGAUUACCUUAUGAUUUCCUUGGAUGAUACUGGGAAGAUAGAACAUGAAGGUUCUGCUGAAAUUACCAUGGAAGCAGAUUCAGAAAGUGAUCCGUGUAAAGUGGACAGCAUUUGUCCAGAAGUCAUCAAAGUAUAUAUCUUCAAAGCUGAUCCUGGAGAAGAUGAUUUAGGAGGCACAGUAGACAUUGUGGAGAGUGAAUCUGAGAAUGAUCAUGGAGUGGGACUACUUGAUCAAAACAGCAGUGUUCGUAUUCCAAGGGAAAAAAUGGUUUACAUGACUGUAAAUGAUUCUCAGCAUGAAGAUGAAGAUUUAAAUGUUGCAGAACUUGCUGAUGAGGUUUAUAUGGAAGUGAUUGUAGGGGAAGAAGAUGCAGCAGUGGCCCAUGAACAGCAAAUUGAUGACACUGAAAUUAAAACUUUUAUGCCCAUAGCUUGGGCAGCAGCUUAUGGUAAUAAUACUGAUGGGAUUGAAAGUCGGAAUGGCACCGCAAGUGCUCUCUUGCACAUAGAUGAGUCUACUGGACUUGGGAGACUAGCUAAACAAAAACCAAAGAAAAGGAGGAGACCUGAAUCCAGGCAGUACCAAACAGCAAUAAUCAUUGGCCCUGAUGGCCAUCCUUUGACUGUCUACCCUUGCAUGAUUUGUGGAAAGAAGUUUAAAUCCAGAGGUUUCUUGAAAAGGCACAUGAAAAACCAUCCAGAGCACCUUCUUACUAAGAAGAAAUACAGAUGCACGGACUGUGAUUACACUACCAAUAAAAAAAUAAGUUUACAUAACCACCUGGAGAGUCACAAGCUGACUAACAAAACAGAAAAGCUUAUUGAAUGCGAUGAGUGUGGGAAAAGCUUCUCUCAUGCAGGAGCUUUAUUUACUCACAAGAUGGUGCAUAGGGACAAAGGAGCCAACAAAAUGCAUAAGUGCAAAUUCUGUGAUUAUGAGACAGCGGAACAAGGGUUACUGAGUCGUCAUCUUCUGGCUGUCCACAGCAAGAACUUCCCUCAUAUUUGUGUAGAGUGUGGCAAAGGAUUUCGUCAUCCAUCAGAGCUCAAGAAGCACAUGCGAAUCCAUACUGGUGAAAAGCCAUAUGAGUGCCAGUAUUGUGAUUACAGGUCUGCUGACUCUUCUAAUUUGAAAACUCAUGUAAAGACUAAACAUAGUAAGGAAAUGCCAUUCAAGUGUGAUAUUUGUUUUCAGACUUUUUCAGAUACCAAAGAGCUGCAGCAGCAUAUACUUAUGCAUCAAGAAAGCAAAACACAUCAGUGUUUGCAUUGUGACCACAAGAGCUCAAACUCAAGUGAUUUGAAACGGCAUAUAAUUUCAGUCCAUACAAAGGAUUACCCUCACAAGUGUGAUAUGUGUGAUAAAGGCUUUCAUAGGCCUUCAGAACUGAAAAAACAUGUGGCAGCCCACAAGGGUAAAAAAUUGCACCAGUGCAGACAUUGUGACUUUAAGAUUGCAGAUCCAUUUAUUCUAAGCCGCCACAUUCUCUCAGUUCACACAAAGGAUCUUCCAUUCAGGUGUAAGAGAUGUAGAAAAGGGUUUAGGCAACAAAAUGAGCUAAAAAAACACAUGAAAACACACAGUGGCAGGAAAGUUUAUCAAUGUGAGUACUGUGAGUAUAGCACUACAGAUGCCUCAGGCUUCAAACGGCAUGUUAUUUCUAUUCAUACAAAAGACUACCCUCACCGUUGCGAAUACUGCAAGAAAGGUUUCCGAAGGCCUUCAGAGAAGAACCAGCACAUUAUGCGGCAUCAUAAAGAUAUUGGGCUGCCUUAAAGUCUCUUUUACAGACUUAUGGCUUGGAGUUGUAAAGGAUAUUGCUUUUCAGGCAGUCAGCUUAUUUUAAAGCCAAUCACCUGCGAUCACAAAAAAAAUAAAUAAAAAAAUACUGUGCAUUUGAUUUAUUGCUGUAUACAAAUAGGAUUAUUGCUUCUAGUUGACUUUUAUACAUUUUGUUCAAUAGCGUGUUCUGAAUUCUAUUCAGUUUGUUUAAUAAAUGAGGAAAAGAUGGCAACAAUAAAGUUGCAUUUAAUAAAGUAAA